AUGGACGUCCACACCCGCUGGAAAGCGCGCCGCCCGGGCGCCCCGCUGUCGCCGCUGCUGCUGCUGCCGCUGCUGCUGCUGUGGGCGCCGCCCCCGAGCCACGCAGCUCAGCCAGCUGAUCUCCUGAAGGUUCUAGAUUUCCACAAUUUGCCUGAUGGCAUUACGAAGACGACAGGUUUCUGUGCUGCCCGGCGGUCUUCCAAAGGCCCAGACGUCGCUUAUAGAGUCACCAAGGACGCCCAGCUCAGCGCACCCACGAGGCAGCUGUACCCCGCCUCCGCCUUCCCCGAGGACUUCUCCAUCCUCGCCACUGUGAAAGCCAAGAAGGGCAGCCAGGCCUUCCUGGUGUCCAUCUACAACGAGCAGGGAAUUCAGCAGAUCGGCCUGGAACUGGGCCGCUCCCCCGUCUUCCUGUACGAGGACCACACGGGAAAGCCCGGCCCGGAGGACUACCCGCUCUUCCGAGGCAUUAACCUGUCGGAUGGGAAGUGGCACAGAAUUGCUUUCAGCAUCCACAAGAGAAACGUCACCCUGGUCCUAGACUGUAAAAAGAAGAUCACCAAGUCCCUGGACCGCAGCGACCACCCCAUCAUUGAUGUCAACGGCAUCAUUGUCUUUGGCACCAGGAUCCUGGACGAGGAGGUGUUUGAGGGUGACAUCCAGCAGCUUCUCUUCGUCUCUGACCACCGGGCAGCAUACGAUUACUGUGAGCACUACAGUCCCGACUGUGACACCGCGGUCCCCGACACCCCCCAGUCGCAGGACCCCAACCCCGAUGAAUAUUACCCGGAAGGAGAUGGUGAGGGCGAGCCCUAUUACUACGAGUAUCCGUACUAUGAAGACACUGACGACGUGGGGAAGGACCCCACCCCCACCAACAAGCCUGUGGGAGCUGCUCGAGAAACCACGGAGGUUCCCGAGGAGCUGACCCCAGCACCCACGGAAGUUCCUCAGGUGCCCGAAGCCAGCGAGGGGGCCGGAAAGGAGGAUGACCCUGGCAUCGGGGGCAUAGGUGACUAUGACUACGUGCCAAGUGAGGACUACUACACACCUUCCCCGUAUGAGGACAUCAACUACAUCGAGGGCCUGGAGAACCCCGACCAGCCCACCGACACGGGCCUGGAGGCCGAAAUUCCCACCAGCACAGUGGUCACCGGCAACGCAUCCAAUCCAGCACUGUCCCCAGAGGAGGAGAAGGACGACUUUGAAGGGGAGUUCACCGAGGAAACCCUCAAGAAUCUGGAGGAGAACUAUUACGACCCGUACUUCGACCCCACCAUCUCCCCAUCAGAGAUCGGGCCCGGCAUGCCAGCCAAUCAGGACACCAUCUACGAAGGGAUCGGAGGACCACGUGGUGAGAAGGGCCAGAAGGGAGAACCGGCCAUCAUCGAGCCGGGCAUGCUCAUAGAAGGGCCCCCCGGCCCCGAAGGCCCUGCCGGUCUUCCAGGACCUCCAGGAACUACAGGUCCCACGGGCCAAGUGGGUGACCCUGGAGAGAGGGGCCCCCCUGGACGCCCAGGCCUCCCCGGGGCUGACGGCCUGCCUGGCCCUCCUGGGACCAUGCUCAUGCUGCCGUUCCGGUUUGGAGGGGGCGGUGAUGCUGGCUCCAAAGGCCCCAUGGUCUCAGCCCAGGAGUCCCAAGCCCAAGCCAUCCUGCAGCAGGCCCGGUUGGCGCUGCGGGGACCAGCUGGCCCGAUGGGUCUCACUGGCAGACCAGGCCCCAUGGGUCCCCCCGGGAGCGGUGGACUGAAGGGCGAGCCUGGAGACAUGGGGCCUCAGGGCCCCCGAGGUGUGCAGGGCCCACCUGGCCCCUCAGGAAAGCCAGGAAGAAGGGGACGAGCUGGGAGCGACGGAGCAAGAGGAAUGCCUGGACAGACUGGCCCCAAGGGUGACCGUGGCUUUGAUGGCCUGGCCGGAUUGCCGGGGGAGAAGGGCCACCGGGGUGACCCUGGUCCUUCUGGCCCGCCUGGACCCCCGGGAGAAGAUGGAGACAGGGGCGAUGAUGGAGAAGUUGGCCCCCGAGGUCUUCCUGGAGAGCCAGGCCCUCGAGGUCUGCUUGGGCCAAAGGGGCCCCCAGGCCCUCCGGGGCCUCCGGGUGUGACCGGCAUGGACGGCCAGCCUGGUCCGAAAGGAAAUGUGGGCCCACAGGGAGAACCUGGCCCCCCAGGCCAGCAGGGUAAUCCAGGUGCCCAGGGUCUUCCUGGCCCCCAGGGAGCCAUUGGGCCCCCAGGAGACAAGGGACCCUUGGGAAAACCAGGGCUUCCAGGGAUGCCUGGCGCUGAUGGACCACCGGGACACCCCGGUAAAGAAGGUCCCCCCGGAGAGAAAGGAGGACAGGGUCCACCUGGCCCUCAAGGUCCAAUUGGCUACCCAGGCCCCCGAGGAGUCAAGGGCGCAGACGGCAUCCGCGGCUUGAAGGGCACCAAGGGCGAGAAGGGUGAAGACGGCUUUCCUGGGUUUAAAGGAGACAUGGGCAUCAAAGGGGACCGGGGAGAGAUCGGCCCUCCUGGUCCUCGUGGAGAAGACGGCCCUGAAGGUCCGAAGGGCCGAGGAGGUCCAAAUGGUGACCCUGGCCCCCUGGGGCCCACUGGGGAGAAGGGGAAGCUUGGAGUCCCCGGACUGCCUGGCUACCCAGGAAGACAAGGACCCAAGGGCUCCGUUGGAUUUCCCGGAUUUCCUGGUGCCAAUGGAGAGAAGGGAGGCAGGGGCACCCCUGGAAAGCCAGGACCGAGGGGACAGCGUGGCCCAACGGGUCCGAGGGGAGAGAGAGGCCCGAGGGGCAUCACGGGGAAGCCUGGUCCCAAGGGUAACUCUGGAGGUGACGGCCCAGCUGGCCCCCCUGGAGAGCGGGGACCCAAUGGACCUCAAGGACCCACAGGAUUUCCUGGACCCAAAGGCCCCCCUGGUCCCCCAGGCAAGGAUGGACUCCCAGGACAUCCUGGACAGAGAGGCGAGACCGGCUUCCAAGGCAAGACUGGCCCUCCAGGUCCUCCCGGCGUGGUCGGCCCACAGGGUCCCACGGGAGAGACUGGCCCCAUGGGCGAGCGUGGCCACCCUGGGCCCCCAGGACCCCCUGGCGAGCAGGGGCUCCCAGGAGCUGCUGGAAAGGAAGGGACGAAGGGUGACCCUGGCCCUGCUGGCAUCCCCGGGAAAGAUGGGCCCCCCGGACUGCGUGGCUUCCCUGGGGACAGAGGACUUCCUGGCCCUGUGGGAGCUCUUGGGCUGAAAGGCAACGAAGGCCCGCCCGGCCCACCGGGGCCCGCGGGAUCUCCAGGAGAGCGAGGUCCUGCUGGUGCUGCUGGCCCCAUCGGGAUCCCGGGGCGUCCUGGGCCCCAGGGCCCUCCAGGACCGGCUGGAGAGAAAGGUGCCCCUGGUGAGAAAGGGCCACAAGGUCCAGCCGGCCGAGACGGUCUCCAAGGCCCUGUGGGUCUUCCUGGCCCAGCAGGUCCUGUGGGUCCCCCCGGAGAAGAUGGAGACAAGGGCGAGAUCGGAGAGCCUGGACAGAAAGGGAGCAAGGGGGACAAGGGCGAGCAGGGUCCCCCUGGGCCUACAGGUCCUCAAGGCCCCAUCGGACAGCCAGGCCCCUCCGGGGCAGACGGCGAGCCUGGGCCUCGGGGCCAGCAGGGCCUUUUUGGGCAGAAAGGUGACGAAGGACCACGCGGUUUCCCAGGCCCUCCGGGGCCCGUGGGGCUGCAGGGCUUGCCGGGACCUCCAGGCGAGAAGGGCGAGACCGGAGACGUGGGCCAGAUGGGCCCCCCAGGACCCCCUGGCCCCCGAGGACCAUCUGGAUCUCCAGGUGCUGAUGGACCCCAAGGCCCUCCAGGUGGCAUCGGAAACCCUGGCGCAGUUGGAGAGAAGGGUGAGCCUGGUGAGGCUGGAGAACCCGGACUUCCAGGAGAAGGGGGCCCCCCGGGACCAAAAGGUGAGAGGGGAGAGAAGGGCGAGUCAGGCCCCUCUGGCGCUGCUGGACCCCCCGGACCCAAAGGACCCCCUGGAGAUGACGGCCCCAAAGGCAGCCCGGGCCCUGUGGGCUUCCCUGGAGAUCCUGGUCCUGCUGGAGAGCCUGGCCCGGCGGGGCAAGACGGUCCACCUGGUGACAAAGGAGAUGACGGCGAGCCUGGGCAGACGGGAUCCCCAGGCCCGACUGGUGAGCCAGGUCCAUCUGGGCCACCUGGAAAAAGGGGUCCCCCCGGUCCUGCAGGCCCCGAAGGCAGACAGGGCGAGAAAGGAGCCAAGGGAGAAGCCGGCUUGGAGGGCCCUCCUGGGAAGACUGGCCCCAUUGGCCCCCAGGGGGCACCAGGGAAGCCUGGUCCUGACGGCCUGCGGGGGAUACCCGGACCUGUGGGUGAACAAGGUCUCCCCGGAUCCCCAGGCCCAGAUGGUCCCCCCGGCCCUAUGGGUCCCCCUGGACUCCCUGGCCUCAAAGGAGACUCAGGUCCCAAGGGUGAAAAGGGUCAUCCAGGCUUGAUCGGACUCAUCGGGCCCCCGGGUGAGCAAGGCGAGAAGGGUGACCGCGGGCUCCCCGGCCCACAGGGCUCGUCCGGCCCCAAAGGGGAGCAGGGCAUCACUGGUCCUUCAGGCCCCAUCGGUCCCCCAGGGCCCCCUGGCUUGCCGGGUCCCCCUGGUCCAAAAGGUGCUAAAGGUUCCUCAGGUCCCACUGGCCCAAAGGGUGAGGCAGGCCAGCCAGGACCCCCCGGCCUCCCGGGCCCCCCGGGCGAGGUCAUCCAGCCCCUGCCGAUCCAGGCGUCCAGAACGCGGAGGAACAUAGACGCGAGCCAGAUGCUGGACGAAGGGAACGCUGAGAACUACAUGGACUACGCCGACGGCAUGGAGGAGAUCUUCGGCUCCCUCAACUCCCUCAAGCUGGAGAUCGAGCAGAUGAAGCGGCCGCUGGGCACGCAGCAGAACCCUGCCCGCACCUGCAAGGACCUGCAGCUGUGCCACCCCGACUUCCCGGAUGGUGAAUAUUGGGUGGACCCCAACCAAGGAUGCUCUCGGGACUCCUUCAAAGCUUACUGCAACUUCACAGCUGGUGGAGACACGUGCGUCUUCCCCGACAAGAAGUCCGAGGGGGCCAGAAUCACUUCUUGGCCCAAAGAGAACCCCGGUUCCUGGUUCAGUGAAUUCAAGCGUGGUAAACUGCUCUCAUACGUGGACGCCGAGGGCAACCCCGUGGGCGUGGUGCAGAUGACCUUCCUGCGGCUGCUGAGCGCCUCUGCCCACCAGAACAUCACCUACAACUGCUACCAGUCGGUCGCCUGGCAGGACGCCGCCACGGGCAGCUACGACAAGGCCAUCCGCUUCCUGGGCUCCAACGAUGAGGAGAUGUCCUAUGACAACAGCCCCUACAUCCGGGCUCUGGUGGACGGCUGUGCGACGAGGAAAGGCUACCAGAAGACUGUGCUAGAGCUCGACACCCCCAAAGUGGAGCAGGUCCCCAUCGUGGACAUCAUGUUCAAUGACUUCGGGGAGGCGUCGCAGAAGUUUGGGUUUGAAGUGGGGCCAGCGUGCUUCAUGGGCUAG